UGGGUUGAGGUGCGGGAGAAUGUGAAAACUUUCCCAGCCUACUGGUCGUGGGAGGUGGUGUUGAGAUCGGAGGCCGAGAGCUUAGUGGAGAGGCAGCAGAAUCAGGAUCGGUUGGCGGUUGUAUGCGGUGGGAUAGACUCGGACUAAAUGAAAGAUCUCCUGCUUACAUGUUCGGCUCCUGUCCUUGGCGCAGCGCCUCCAGGUCUUGUGCAAUUGCUGCUACCACAUAUCAUGAGGUUGUAAUGAUUUGUGCCACCAACUUCUCUGUGACUAAGACCAACAUUGCUUUGACAUCGGGCAGUAGGAGGUGAAGUUUGAGCAGUGCAAGUGUGAUUUCAGAUCUUCAGCAAGUGGGUAAGACCCUAUCCUUAACCAAAGUCCAUCUCUGAAACUUACUGAAGCAUCUGUCGUGUAGACCAUCUUUGCUUUGAGCUGCUGGCCCACCGAAGGUAUUGAUGGCAAUAAGUGACAUGCAGUAUGAAGAAGUGAGCACAGACGUAAGAGGGGCACAGGAUGCACAGCUCUGACUGCAAGUUUUAUUGAUCCAUCUAGCUGCUGUUCAAAUAAUUUGAAUUUGAAGAUGAUGCACUGAAUUCAAUUUUUUUUUAUCAAACUGUUGCAACAAUUAAAGCUAGCUUUCUUUUGUAAAUGGAAUUCGUUCCAACCUGGGUAUAUUGUUAAUACUUCACAAAAUUGACCAUAAUGUAAUGAAGCGGACUUGGUCACCUUUAAUUAAGAAUGGUUGCUUGUUCCCUGAAUGGAUAUGAGUGACAAAAAGCUAGUACACGAAGAACAACUUCAUUCCAGUGGUGCUUCAGGAUUCUCCACAGAGUCUGCUGGAAGUAUGCAGUCUGAUGAUUUCUUUGCUAGAAAAUACAAAGUCAUUAAUGGUAACAUGGGACCUCCCAUUGCUUCUGGUACGCCUUGCAAAUCUGACAAUAGCAGUCAGGUUAAUGGAACACCUGCCAUGCCAAAGAUGGGUGUGAGGGCAAGAAUCUCUGAAUGGCCACCAAAGAAAGAAUUUCUAAAAGAGGGAGCAAAUAGUAACCUAAUGACAUGGGAUAGUAGGUCAUUAGCCAGUUAUGAUAGUGUAUCCAUGAUGAGAGCUAGUCAAAAUGGACAGAAUGACCAAAGCAUUGAAGGUCUGUCUGAGGAAAACCCAGAUAUUACUGAAGAUUUGGAUUUUUCAGAUGCAAGAUAUGUUUUCGGAGACCUCUUCACCAGAUCCCCACAGAGGGGACUUCACCCAAUAAGACAGAGGAGCAACAGUGAUGUUACUAUCAGUGAUAUAGAUUCUGAAGAUGUUCUUGAUCAGAAUGCAGUAAAUCCAAAUACAGGUGCUGCUCUUCAUCGUGAAUAUGGAAGCACUUCUUCAAUUGAUCGCCAGGGAAUAACUAGUGACAGUUUCUUUGCCAUGCUUAGAGGGUACAGAAGUGAAAGUGAGGACCAGAGGAGCCCUGGCCCACUUGGGCUUAGUGAUCUGUUGCGCUGUGAUUCUGGAAUGUCGCCCAGCUUACAAGCAGCAACUCAGAUUUCUCGAGCUGAAUUUGUCAGAAUUUCUGGAUUUGAUUAUGUGGAUAGCCCACUUUUUUUUUGCAAAGAUAGAGACAAGUCAUUCAAACGGAGGUUGAAACCUGAAACAAUAGAGGCAUCUCUUUUUAGAAAAUUGAGAACUGCAAAAAGUGAACAUGAGGCUUUAAAGUUCUCUUUCGAGCAGGAAGAGAGCAGACUGGAGAAAAGCAACCAAUUAUGGAUGUGCCAUAAAUGUUUUGCACACUAUGAUGUCCAGAGCAUUUUGUUUAAUGUAAAUGAAGCGAUGGCAAAUAGGGCUAAUGUAGGGCAAAGAAAAAACACAACCACUGGUGCUUCUGCAGCUUCGCAGCAUCCAAUCCCAGGAGGCUAUCCUGCAAACUGUGAGUCUCCAACAGGCAGCAAAGAGGAACUAAAUUCAAAGGAGAAUUUGGAUUCUGAUGAGGGAGAUGGGAAAAGCAAUAACUUGACCUUGGCAUGCCCGUAUUUCAGGAAUGAGAUUGGAGGGGAAGGGGAGAGACGCAUUGCACUUUCCAGGGCUAACUCCUGUUCAUUUACCUGCAGUGAAAGUUGCUCCUUUGAGUCCUCACUCAGUUCUCAUUGCACUAAUGCAGGUGUGUCAGUAUUAGAGGUACCAAGAGAGAACCAAGCAAUCCAUCGAGAGAAAGUGAAGCGAUAUAUCAUAGAACACAUUGAUCUUGGAGCAUACUAUUAUCGAAAAUACUUUUAUGGGAAAGAGCAUCAAAAUUACUUUGGAACUGAUGAAAGUCUGGGACCUGUGGCUGUCAGCAUCCGGAGGGAGAAGCUAGAUGAAUCAAAGGAGAAAGAUGGGCCACAGUACAACUACCGUAUAGCUUUCCGGACCAGUGAGCUUUUCACUCUCAGAGGAGCCGUGCUAGAAGACGCUGUGCCAUCCACAGCUCGACAUGGUACAGCUCGAGGUUUGCCUAUGAAGGAGGUGCUGGAGUAUGUGAUUCCUGAGGUGAAUAUCCAGUGCCUUAGGGUGGCUUCAAACUCUCCCAAAGUAUUGGAACAGCUGCUGAAACUUGAUGAGCAAGGGCUAAGCUUCCAGCAUAAAGUUGGAGUCCUUUAUUGUAAAGCAGGCCAAAGCACUGAAGAAGAGAUGUACAAUAAUGAGACAGGAGGCCCAGUGUUCGAAGAGUUCCUCGAUCUCCUUGGCCACAGGGUGCGACUAAAGGGCUUCAGCAAGUACAGAGCACAAUUGGAUAACAAAACUGACUCCACAGGAACUCAUUCUCUAUAUACUACAUACAAGGAUUAUGAAAUCAUGUUCCAUGUGUCAACUAUGCUUCCAUACACACCCAACAACAGGCAACAGCUCUUAAGGAAGAGACAUAUAGGAAAUGACAUAGUCACAAUUGUCUUUCAAGAGCCUGGAGCACUUCCUUUCACUCCCAGAAACAUCAGAUCCCACUUCCAACAUGUUUUUGUCAUUGUCAGAGUUCAUAAUCCAUGUACAGAGAAUGUCUGCUACAGUGUGGCUGUCUCCAGGUCUAAAGAUGUGCCACCAUUUGGCCCACCUAUUCCCAAAGGAGUCACCUUUCCCAAAUCAGCAGUAUUCAGGGACUUUCUUCUUGCCAAAGUUAUCAAUGCAGAAAAUGCAGCGCACAAAUCUGAGAAGUUCCGGGCAAUGGCCACCAGGACAAGGCAGGAGUACUUGAAGGAUUUGGCAGAAAACUUUGUAACCACGGCUACAGUUGACUCUUCAGUGAAAUUCAGCUUCAUCACACUUGGGGCAAAGAAAAAGGAAAAAUCAAAGCCCCGGAAGGAUGCGCAGCUGUACAGUUUUGGAGCUAUUGUGUGGAAUGUUAUUACUCGGGACUUUGGCCAAUCUAAUGAUAUUGAAUGUCUCCUCGGAAUCUCGAAUGAAUUCAUUGUACUUGUGGAGCAAGACUCCAAAAAUGUAGUGUUUAAUUGCUCAUGCAGGGAUGUCAUUGGCUGGACCUCUGGAUUAAUGACCAUAAAGAUAUUUUAUGAAAGAGGUGAAUGCAUUCUGCUAUCUGCCAUGGAAAGCUGUGCAGAUGAUAUCAGGGAAAUAGUACAGAGGCUUGAGUUAGUGACCAGAGGCUGUGAAACAACAGAAAUGACUCUGAGAAGGAAUGGCCUUGGACAGCUAGGAUUCCACGUUAACUUUGAAGGUAUUGUGGCAGAUGUUGAACCAUUUGGCUAUGCGUGGAAAGCUGGCCUGAGGCAAGGGAGUCGUCUCGUUGAGAUUUGCAAAGUAGCUGUGGCAACCUUGACCCAUGAGCAGAUGAUAGAUCUGUUACGAACAUCCGUGACAGUGAAAGUGGUGAUUAUUCAGCCACAUGAAGAUGGAUCACCCAGAAGAGGCUGCUCAGAGCUGUACAGGAUACCAAUGGUGGAAUAUAAAGUGGACAAUGAAGGCACUCCUUGUGAAUUCAAAACCCCCUUCAGAAGAAACACUACCUGGCACCGAGUGGCCACGCCAGCGGGGCAGCCACUCUCCCGAUGCUCCCCGAUACAAGGAGGUGCCGACAGGCUUCAAUCACAGCAAAUGUUGCAGCAGGUCCGUGCAGCUAUUCCUCGCAGUACAUCUUUUGACAGAAAACUGCCAGAUGGUGUGAGGACUAUGCAAGAUGUGGAAAAUGCUCAACUCUCCCAAUCCAAUGUUGGUGAUGCAAGUCAGCAUUACAGAAACUCCCCCAGCAACCAGUCAUCUUCGAGUGACCCAGGACCCAGUGGCAGCAGUCAUUGGAGACAGCAGUCUGGAUAUGAUGGGUGCCAAUCCCCUGUUUUGCACGAUCAUCAAGGUUCAACCAGUGUUCUGACAGAGUAUGAUGAACCAAGAGAAAGAGAUGGCACAUUGGAGAGGACCCGAAGUGUUGAAGCAAGAUGGCAUGUCCCAUCAACAAAGAUGCUGAGUUCUUACAAAGGACUACAAAGGGAAACCAUAGGCAAAGAAUCUCCAAAUAAGAUUUUACAUAUUGCAGAUAACAAUUGCUCAAGUCAUUCCAGCAGUAAUACUCUGUCCAGUAAUGCAUCCAGCAAUAGUGAUGAUAAACAAUUUGGUUCUGGUGACUUAAUGGAUCCAGAAUUGCUGGGAUUGACAUACAUUAAGGGGGCCUCCACAGACAGUGGGAUCGACACGGCUCCAUGUAUUCCACCACCAUUGAUGGGCACAGUUCAUUUGACUGGCAACAGGUCAGCAGUGCAAAGCAGAGUGGAGCAGAUGGUGCAGUGGGUGGAUCAUUCUGAAGAUGGAGGGCCUGAAGAUGGACAAGCAAAAUUGUACACCGUUCACAACUAUGCUGCUGCAAUUUCCGCCAGCCUUGCCACCCAAGGAAGUACUGGUGAUCUCAGUGAGAUCUCGUCGCAUUCCAGUGGUUCACAUCAUUCAGGAAGUCCCUCACCACGUGUUUCUAAAACCAGUGGAUCACUUGAUGCCUCCAAAGUCUACAUAGUGUCCCAGAACAACCCUCAACAAGUCCUAGGGUCACUGUCCGGAUCCUACCAUCGCCAGGGUGCCAUUAACAAAUACGUCAUUGGUUGGAAGAAGCUGGAUGGAAGCCCCACUCCCGAGGAGUCGGAGAUGGAAGAUUGCAGAAGGAGACUAUAUGGCGAAGUCACAGAAAUAUCCAGUUCCAGCCAACAUCAGGCUUCAUCACAGGACCUGAACUCUGUCAGUAAACCCCAGCAAACCUUUACCAAAGAGGAGUUUCUGAAGCUGAUGCUACCAGACAGCCCUCCUUUGGAGCAGAGAAGGAGGAAGAUUUCUGUUUCUGGGAACUUGUCGCCAAGGAAGUCCUUGUAUCGCACACUGUCUGAUGAAAGCAUAUGCAGUAAUCGACGAGGUUCUUCAUACAACAGCUCCCGAAGUUCAAUGCUUGAACAGGCACUGCCAAAUGACAUCCUAUUCAGUACCACCCCACCAUACCACUGCACUCUGCCCCCACGUGCUUCACUCAGCCCCUGCGCCACUGGCCUGCGAACUGAAUUCUGGUUCUCUGAUGGAUCUUUAGUGGAUAAGUCAAGGUUCACUGAUCCUGGCUUGAUGCCUCUUCCAGAUACUGCUUCAGGCUUAGACUGGUCGAACCUUGUAGAUGCUGCACGAGCAUUUGAAGAUCAGAGAGUGACCUCCUUUUGCACACUGAACGACAUGCGGUCAGGGCAGAGCAUGGAUGGUGCUGAGGAAUUAUCUCUGCACAUUGGCCAAGCAGACAGGAAAGAUCACUCUGAUGAUACAGGGCACACACCUUGGGGAUCAAUGUUACAUGAGAUCAUAUCAGAUUCUUUCCUGAAAUCCAGGGGAAAUAGUGCGAACACAAUCACUGGAAAAGUGAAUCAGCUGGAGACUAUUCUCAUUCAGCUUCAGGAUGACCUACGAAAGGAAAAGGAAGACAAGGCGAUGCUCCAGGCUGAGGUUCACCACCUGCGACACGAUAACUUGCGGCUUCAAGUGGAGUCCCAGACUGCUGCUGCACAGUUAAGGAAAUUUACUGAAUGGUUUUUCAAUACCAUCGACAAGAAAUCCUGAUAUACAGACACUGAGGACCAUGAUAAAAACACUAGCUGAAAAAUUAAUUAAUUCCUAGAAUGUUAUACUAAUCUGUUCAGAAAUAGGUAUAGGUGUUGUAGCUAUAUUUAUGUGUCUGAUUCUGUUCACUGGAACACACCAGUGACAAGAAUACAGUUAAACCCAGCGGCUGAACUUGCUCAGAGCCUCGUAGCCUCUUGUAUUGUAAAAUAGAAUCAUGAGACAGUAAGUUCAAUGUAAAAGGUGCUCUACUUUUUGUAAUUAGUUUCUUUUCAUUGUCGCAGUGUCAUAGCAAUAAGACUUUAGUGAUACCCGCAGGGCUUUGUUUGGAAUUUAGCACUAGUAUGAUGGAGCAGGUUUAGAUACAAUUACUUUAGGGGAAUGUUCAUUUGCAGGAAUAAACAUUGGUGCCUAAAACAAGCAGUGUUCUGAUGUUUAAUGCUACACUUGCCUUUUGAAUGGCUCACUAAUUAAUCUACGAUUUCACUGAUUUUUGUAUAGUUCAUUUAAGGCUGUAGGAUCAAUGGUGCACCUUUGUUAAUAGUGUGUGCACACAGUGAGCCGGCAAGCCAUUUGUACAAUGCCAAAUUUGUUUAUCUUUGUACAGAAGCUCUUAAUGAAAAGUGUCUUGUAUUUAACAGUUAUUUAAAAUUAUUUAACCUUAAAUUGUUAAAUUUAUUCAUUUUUGUUUAUCUGCACUAUGAAAAACAGAAUUUGCUGUAAAUUGUGUUGUCUGUAGUUUGUCAGUACAAAGACUGUCAUGGUUUGUAGUAAAUCUAACAUUUGGAUGCUGCUAGUAUAUAUAUAUAUAAUAUUCCUUGGUUUGUAUGCUUUGAGAAAUGUGUUCUUUUUAAACUACUUCAUUUGAAAUGUGACAUACAGUUGCUUUUUUAAUAAAUGUAGGACA